UCCCCAGACUUGCCGAGGACGUGGCGGUGCACGGCGAUGUCAGCGGGAGGAGCAGAGCACCGCGCCCCGAGGAGCGAGGAGCUCAAAGCAGGAGCCACGGGAUUAAAUGGCACCGCUUGCAUCCCGCUGCUUUUGGGCUGAGAGGAGCGAUCGAGGGAGCCGGGCUCGUUUAGGCUGGAGAAGAUGCCAAGGACAGGUUUUCAUCCGGAGUCACGAGAGUCGAGUUCGCUGCUGCAGACAGCGGUUUCAGUGCUGCAAAGCUGCUGCUUGGAUUCUGCGUCUCAGGAUGGGUUUCAAUACAGCCAAGCAAUUCUGGUGGAGAACGCUGUUUUUCUGAAUGAGCUCAAAGCUUUUGUCCAAGCAAAGGAAGCCGCCGGAUACAGCCAGGAGGAGCUGGAGGAGACCUUCGCAUUUCUCCUGUUUGACAACGAAGAAGAGGCCAAAGAAGUGUGUCAGACAGGCCUCCGAGUUAACAGCAGCUCCAUUUCCAUUCUUGGUGAUCCAGCGAAAGGGGUGUAUAUUUCCAAGUACGCGGACUGUCUUCUUCCGAGACCCUGGUACCACGGAAAAUCAGGCUAUAUUGUCAUCUGCAAGCUAAUUAAGGGGAAGGUCAAAGCGGUGCCUGAGAAUUACACAACCAGCUACACCUGCCCCUCUCCCGGCUACGACUGUCAUGUCGCCGUGAGCAAGAACAUCGUACCGUCAAAGGCCAGCCCCUGCCAGGCCUUCGAGCAGAGCCAGUAUUACGUGUAUGAAGUGUCCGAUGGCAGUGCCGCGGAGCGCCCCAGGCAGAUCUGCCCGUACAUAGUCAUCACCUGCCAGUACAGAGAGCCAAAGGAGAUGCCCGUCUUAGCUAGAGAGAGCCUACCUGAGCCUAACCACAAAGUAGCGUUUUACUGCCCGUGGAGGGGGCAGCUCUCCAUCCGGGGCCAGCUCUUGUGCAACAUUGCCCUGAGGACCCCGUACAGCUCCACGAUUCCAGCACAGCUGCCUCCCAACCUGGACAUCAACCAUGUCAUGGGGCUGUCCGACCUGAAGAAAAAGCUACCAGAAGCUGCCUUUGGGAAAAGAAAUUACAUUGAGAAUGAAGUCUGCUUCCAGGGCGUUUACUUCAGUCUAUAUGAAGUGGAAAUAGCCAAUAAGGAUCAACAUAAAAUGAAUCAAUUAUUAGAAAAUCUGAAGGAAAGGGACUUGGCGAUCAUCAAAUAUUUACAAGAUCAAGGAGUUCUUAUCCUCUUGACCUCCUCCGCGUUGGCACGAGACGAUGGAUUCGACCCUAAGGAGCCUGUCAGCCUCCUGGCCCUGUUUCUGUUCACCUCGUCCCGAGCAGUGUGCCUGAGAGCUGAAGAGCGCGACCCAAAAGAUGAAAGGGAAGGUAGUGACGUCUCCUUAAAAAUAGCCUCGGUUUUGCCCGGACUUCGCUAUGCCUUACAGAAAGCCACCGCUUCUCCACGGGGGGACGCGCUCAGUGCCGACGUGCGUAUCAAACAGCACUUCCAGGAGUACGCAAAGCUUGAGCAAAACGCCCAGCACACCUCGGGCCAAAGCGACGCCGUUCCCUGUCCUUCUCAGCUGCCACCAGCCGAGGAUGAAUGUACUAAAUCCUCUAAAAAGCCCUCGGAGCAGUCUUUCUCCCAGCUGCAGCAUUAUCUCUCCGAUCCCAGCAGCUACACUCUGGAAAUGUCGGCUGCCUUAGGAUGUUUGGCGGGUGCUGUUCAGUCUCUUUGCUGCAGCUCGGAGCCCGCUCGUGAAGCGGCCUGCCCUUUAGCUCUGCCGCCGGACCCUAUUCCUCCUGACGUACCGGCAGAAGUCAAACUCGAAGGUGAAAAGCCAAAGGCCACCGUUCUGGGGCUGGACUGGAGUGGUGAAGGCCCCCCAAAAGACGUGAGCUCAGCCAGCGAGCUCUGGAUGCAGCAGAACAAGAGGAAAUCCGGCCAAACCGCCGUGACCAGCACCGGGAAGAAAUGGUCACCCCUCAAGAUGCAAAUACAUUCUGUGGGGGACAGCAGCAGGGACAGGAAAGCAACCAAGAAGAAAAUCGCCUUCUCUUUUCCUAAAAAGCCGGGGCUUACGGCCAGCUCCAACGAGCCCACGCUUAAAUUAGCCAAUUUGGAGUUUCCGCACAGAAGGAAAAGAGGUGCAGAGGUCCUGUCUGCAGAAUUUGUGCACAGCACGCAGUCCGAACCCGCCCAGAAGGAAACCUCGGCCCCCGACGACCCUGGCUUGGAAACAAAGAGACCGAAGACGCUGAAGAACUCGGACAUGAAAAAGGUUCCUGCUGCUGAGACCGUCGCGAAGCCGGUGAAGAGCAAGGUGAUAAAGGCCGUGGCGAGCAGCCCGCUGAAACCUGCAGCCCAAAAGCCAGCAGAAAGCGAGGGGGAGGAGCCGUUCGCCUCCGUUCCGAGCGACGUUUCUUCGCAAAGCCACGCGGCGGAUAGCCAGAUGAGCGAGGUCUACCCGGCUGCUGCUGCAAGCCACGGUUUUGAUCCGAAGGGAGACGACUACGAGUCCCACGCCCUGAACUUGCUGGCAGACCUGGCUCUGGGUUCAUGUAUCCCUUCGUUCAUCCCCAGGGACAGCGGGACGAUCUCCUUGUCCUGCAGCCCGCCCCGUGACCCUGCUAAGGAGCAGCAGGGCCUCCGCAAGCAGAAAUCCUCGCGCGCCGCCUCCGACCACGAAUACCACCGGGUAGACAAGCUCGCCAAGGGAGCUGCCGUGCCCGGCAAAGCGUCGCCGAACCAGAAGCUUCCUCCUGCUGGAAAAACAGACUUGAAAGACUCCCUUCCCGGGGAGAAAAGCCCCGCUAAGAAGAACAACCCAAACCCCAACCCCGCGAAAACCCGCGCCUUGCCUCCGAGGGAGACUCAGGAGGCCGCCGAGGCGAACAAGCACUCCUUCAUCUCCUCCGAGCACUCGUACGCCUCGCUGCUGCCCGAGCACCUGAAGAAACACCCGUACCCCAAAGGCGCCCCGUCUUCAGGGCCGGCACCUGCCAGAAACGGGACGAGGAGCGCGCGGGCGGGCCCCCUGGUGGGGAAGGUCCUACCUUUCCGCCACCAGCAGAGCAGCGCCCACCCGCAGCGUCCCGCCGAGGCGGCGCGGUGCAGGAGCUGCCUGCUCUCCCCCAGGCUGAAGGAGGACUUCGCCAAGAGCCGCACGGUGAAGAGCUGCGGCGAGUCCCUGGAGGUGACGUGCCGGCGGGAGGCUGGGUACCUCUUCGGCUUGGACAGCAAGUACACCAACGACGAGCUGGAGAAAACGGUGAUCCGCGCCCUGCACGGGCCCUGGGACCCUGACCUGCCCGACGACGUGGAAGAGAUGAAGCUGAUACUUCACAUGUGGGUGGCUCUGUUCUACAGCAAGCCCAGCAAGGUCCUGAGCAGCAGGAGGAAGGUGGUGGAGCACAGCAACCCCAAGAAGUUCGUCUCGUUGAACAGCACCGGGGAUUUCCUGGAGCUGAGCGAUGACGGCGAGGAUUGUUUCGGGUCGGAGACGUGCCCCGUGGACUCUCGGUCGGACCCUGACCAGACUCCCAGCAGCUCUCUGGAUCCCAGCACGCCCUGCCAGGGGCCCUUUCGGCCAGAGGAGAGCCCUGCAGACUCUCAGACUGACGCCGUCGACAGCACGGUGUCGUCUUCUUCAGGGGAGCUGCCCCCCGGGGAGGAGGAACCUUCCUCCACGAGCUCCGAGAGCCCUUCCCUCGCUGAACAGAGCAACCUGGCUGAGAAAUGCAGGCGGCUGGACCUUCCCGAGGAGGAGCUCGUGUGCGACGUCUCAACUGCCACGGCGGUGGAGCCGCCCAGCGAGGGACAGCGGGACGCUUCCAUCCCCCCCGGCCCCUCUGACGAGCUCGGCGAUGCCCCCGCGCCCCCGGCUGUGCCGGGAGGGGAAAAACCACGCAAGCAAGCCCUGAAUUUCAGUUCGGCUCCCCAGCACGACGCCCCGUGUGUGCAGCAUGGACGUGGGGAGCAGCCAGGGUCGGGGGGUGGCCCCGGUCCCCCCGAGGAAAGGGGGAGCGUGGGAGGCGCUGGGCACGGUGCAGAGGUGGAGGGCAGCAGCUGGGCCGCCAGGGACAGAGCACGACGCGCCUUUCAUUCGGCGCCCUCGGAAGCGAGCCCCAAGAGAGCGAAGCCCGAUGGGCUUGGUGGAGAAGGGAGGGCGUCACCAGACCCCCUAGGACGUCCAGAAAUAGAGGAGGAAGAAGUGGUGGAGGGAGAAGCAGAGGAAGAGGGCUCGGAGAAUGACAGCACGAUGGUGGGGCCCGUCGGUUUAGCAUUUUCUGGAAGAGGUGCUGCCGACGUGGAGCAGAAGCUGGUGAAUUUGGCACGCCCGAGGGACUCUGGUGUUCCCGGAGAGGGUCCCGUGCCCACCCCUCCUGCCUCGGCGUUCCCCUGUGAGAGCAGAUCGAUGCCAGCCCUGUCGGAUGGGACCGGGGCUGGCUCUCAGGGGCUCUCCGGUGGCGCAGCCCCGAGCGUGGGCGCGCUGCAAGAGCCCUGGGGGGCUUUGGCCACCCCAGGUGCCGAAAGAAACGGCGUCACUUCGGCACACGAAGCCAGCCCAGCCGACGUGGGUGACAGCAGGUUGGUGCCACCGUUAGCACCAGCUCCGAGCACACGCCCUGACGUCCCCACAGCCAGCUCUGGAGCUGCCGGAGAGGCGCUCGGGGAUGGUUCGGAGCAAGAAGAUGAGGAUCGUGCGCCCUCUGCAGAAACCCGGCUGCUCGCUGGGAGCAAAGCUGCUGGCACAGCUGGCCUCGAGUCACGGGGACCGGCACCGACCUCGUCCCAUGGCUCCGGCUCUGCCUGCCGGGCGUUUUUUGACGGAGCAGCAGCCGUGGGGGCCCCUCCAGGGGUCCAGGUGGCCGCGGCGCUCGUCCAGGCUCCGUUGCGGAGCAGCCCCGGGGGGAGCAGCUGCCUUCCCCAAAGGCCUGGAGGCAAAACUUGUGCCGACCUCGCUUCAAGGAGCUCUGGUGAAUCAAGACAAGAGCGGAACAAGGGUUCGGUGGAAGGGCAGUGUAGCAGCCCCCCUGCCAGCCACCCCGAUGUUCCGGGGGAGUCCUCGGGAGCUGCUGAUGGCUGCGGCUUCGCCUUCGACUGUGCAGCUUGGGCAGGGGACUCCGAAGGCUGGGAGAACGCCGCUAUGAGCCUCAGCGCACACAAACCCCCCGGGAGCAACGAAACGAAGGCGUCGAUGGUGGCUGAGGAGCCGGAGACCUCUCUCCGCGACCUGCCGGGAUCAGAUUCCUUCUCCUCGAUGCCAGGCAACAAACCUGCUCCCCCCCAGCAGGACCCUCCCCGGGGUGCGGGUGCCCCUCGCUGCUUGUUAGAGCAAAGCGAGCGGCGGCCGCUUUGCCCCCCUGGGAAGCCCCACGAGCAAGGAGCCGCUGCAGAGCUGAGCGUGGCCGCCGAGAGCCCAGCACCGGACGGCUCCUUAAAGCCUGGAUUUGCAGAAGAGGUGAAAAAAGACCCAGGUCUAUGCCGGGCGGAGCCACCGGAGAGCUCCCCCCCGGGUGUCCUCGUGCCUGGCGAGCCGGAAUCUGAUCCUUGUUCUCCUCCGCGCAGCCACGAAGCAGGUCGGCACGGCGCUGAGCCAGACUCGGCCCUUGGUGCGCGCCCCGACACGAGUCCAGCUCCGCGGGGUGCCCCCGGGCCCUGCUUCGGGGGACAAAAGCCACCAGGCGCCUGCCACACGUGCGCCAGCCCCGGGGCCCGGGCAGCAGGCGUGGUGGGGAGCCACGAGGAGGAGUCCGAGGGAGGAAGCAGCGUCCCUCUUGCCAGCCCGGCGCCUUUUUCAGUGGGAUUUGUGCCGCGGGGAGAGCCCAGGUCCAUGGGUGGCCCCGGUGAGUACGAGGCCGAGGAGCCCGGCGUGUUCACUGAUCCUCAGCGUGCUGAUGUGGAAGUGGAAGAAGGAGCAAUCCCCGUUCUCCCCUUCCCGUCUUUGCUGUUCCAUGCCCGAGGGGACUCUGGAGGGAGCCCGGGGCUCGGUGACACGGGGGACGGUGACGCUGGGGACGUGCCGGGUGCUGACCCGAGGGCUGAGCGCUUCCCCGGCACGGGCGGACGCGCGGGCUCGAGCUUGGUGGAUCUCUCCUACGAGUUUUCCUCCAGCGACUCGGACGGGCAGUGCUUUGCACGGACUUCCCCUCCCCUGCUUCCAUCCAGGGGCGCAAGGACUAACCGCAGCCCCUCCUCGGUGAGCUCGGGGUGCGCCGAGGGGCGCGGCGAGGCCUGGGGCUCCCCGAGCUCGGAGGAAGGCCGCUGGUGGGCCGAGCACGGUGAGCCCAGCGGGCCGGGGAAGGCCGGCAGCAGGCAGGUGCCACCUUACGUCAACAUUACGGACAGCCGGGGGGUCUCCAAGGACUACCUCAACUUCACGGUCACCAAAAAAAGCCGCGGCAGGAGGGGGGACCUGCAGCCUUCCGAGAGGCGCCGCCCCUGCGCGGGGCAGUCUCAUUUGCUGAGGUCGCUGCUGGGGACGUGGAGGGGCCCUGAGGAAAUCACCCAGCACACUUUGGACAUGGAGCGUCUCCGCUUCCACUAUAAGCUAAAACAGAUCCUGAGGCGUGGGCAAGCGGCCCUUUCUACCUCCCAGAGCAUCUUCCCACGAGGCUGCUCGCGCCAGGCGAUGUCUGAGACGUUGCCCGAGCAAGAAGCUCCUGUCCCGCUGUCCCCGCGGAGCAGGAGCCCUCUGCAGGUGACCAUCGUGCCCACGGACCCGUGGCCGGGCGGCUUUGGGUUGCGCCGCCGCCACGGGGACCCGUCCCGUUCCCCCCCGUGGCAUGUGAGGAGCGAGGCCGCAUCCCGACCCCGCGCCGCUCCCUUCCACCUCGGCAAGCUCAAGUACGAGAAUAAACGCCAGGAGCCGCCGGGGGACAUCGCGGCCAUCCUCAACGAGUUCACCGAGUUCAACAGGCUGAUGCUGAGCGGGGUCGAGACGGGGGGAGAGGACCGAGGGAAGGGCCCGGCCCGCGGGGAGGCGUUCGGGGACUUGGUGGCGGAGCUGUGCGGAGCGCUGCGGGGCCGCCUGCGUAGCGUGGCCAAGGGGGCCUGCAGGAGGCCGGGGAUGUUCUACCUGGUGGAGACGGGAGAGGAGCCUUUCUUCGCAAGAGUGAAGACCUUGCUGAAGAAAGACGGCCACGUGGAGACGGAGCCCCUGAGCUUCUGCACUGCGAAGCGCCCGGACAGCGACCGGCUGCUCGUCGUGAUCAGGAACGAGGACAUCUCCUCGCACAUCCACAAGGUCCCGUGCUUGCUGAGCCUGAAGCACUGCCCCAACGUGGCGUUCGCCGGCGUGGACAGCCCCGAGGACAUCACGGUUCACACCUACCAGGAGCUCUUCCACACCGGUGGCUUCGUGGUGUCGGACGACGAGGUGUUGGAAACGGUGACGCUGGGCCAGCUGAAGGAGGUGGUGAAGGUGCUGGAGAAGCUGAACGGGAGCGGACGGUGGAAGUGGCUCCUUCACUACAAGGAGAGCAAAAAGCUCCGAGAAGACGUCAGGUGGGACGCCAAUGCCCACAAGAAAAACUUGAUCCUGAAGUCGUGCCAAGGAGCCGACCUCAUCGAGGUGCUGCACUACCACUCGUGCGACUCCCGCUCGUCCCCCAGCUCCGAGUACGUGAAGUGCUUGUUGAACCUGCAGGUCCAGCACGUCAGCGCCAGGUUCGCCGUGUACCUCACGGAAAAGCCCGGUGUCAGCAGGGAGGUCUUCGAAAGCAAAGGAAUCCUCGUGGCCGACGUCAACACCUUCCUUGGGACGGUGCAGAAAGUGGCUGCCCCGUUUAGGAGAAGCUACUGGUAAGGGAGAGGAGGGGGUGCUCGGGAUCGACCCCCUUCUCCCCCCAAAAGGCAGCGAAUCGUUGAGAAACGGGAUGAAAACACACCGGGAGCACCUCCUGGGUGUCUGCGGGGAGCCGGGGUCCCAAGGGACCGCCUGCAGGACCCCCCCGUGCUGUGGCGCUGCUGCCCGGAGCCACGAGGGGAACGGGGCAGUGACAGUGACAGUGCCACCUCUCUGUC